UCCAAAAUGGCGGCGCCCAUGAACCACGAGAAAAAUGAAAACAAAGUCAUUAAAAGUGUUUCGAAACAAAGCAACGAGAAGCGAUUGAUAGUUGUUCUUGAAAGAGCUUCUUUAGAGUCAGUUAAGGUUGGAAAGCAGUUUGAAUUGCUAAACUGUGACAAACACAAAGGUUUGGUUUAUUUCUCUCUGCGUAUAACCCAUCAGUGUCUGUUGAUGUUGAUGGACAGUCCACUGAACAGAGCGGGACUUCUACAGGUGUAUGUUCACACAGAGAAAAAUGUCCUCAUAGAAAUAAACCCCCAGACAAGAAUUCCUCGAACAUUUGACAGAUUCUGUGGUCUGAUGGUACAGUUAUUACACAAGUACAGUAUACAUGCAGCAGAUGGGCCUCAAAAACUAUUAAAAGUGAUUAAAAAUCCAGUAAGUGACCAUUUGCCACUUGGUUGUAAGAAAUAUGGGACUUCAUUUCAUGUUGAAAAAGUCACAGACCCACGUGAAAUUGUUCCUGAAAAAGAGCCUGCUGUUGUUGUUAUCGGGGCUUUGUCUCAUGGCAGUGUCGAUGUUGAUUACAUUGAGGACACAGUCUCCAUUAGUAGUUACCCCCUGUCAGCUGCAUUAACCUGUGCCAAGAUCUGCUCAGCGUUUGAAGAAAAAUGGAAUGUAGUAUGACCUUGGCUGUCAAGGUCAUCUCAGCCUGCUAUCCUGGAGGGUAUUUGCCUUUCUGUUAUGUAACAGUCAUUAAUCUUAGGACUUGACCUUGGAGAAAGACGACCUUGGCCCAUCAAUCAGUCUGCUGAUAAGCAUUUUCUAUACAACAAACUUAUGUAUAUGAGGCCCUGGAAUGUUAAAACUUGUUAUUUAUGCAAGAAACUCUUUUUGCUACACUUUGAAUCAGAUAUUUGCCAUGGGAUAUCAUAGAUAUUUUAAUUCAAAUGUAUCUGAUCCCCAUUUUCUAAAAUGUGCAAAAUUGCGAAAUAUUUGUUGCAGAAUUAAAGUAGAUUGUAAAGUAUCAACAAACACAUAUUAUGCAGCAAUAUACUACAUAAUUUUUGGAUAUGUGCAAAGUUUAUAUAAAUCAAAUCUGCAGCAAGAAUCAUAAAUCUGUGCCUUGUUAUCCGCAGUAGUGGUAUAAUAUGAAUAUUUCGUGAAAGAUUUAGAAAUUUUAUUUGAUAGCGACAAAUAGUAAGGAAAGAUGUUCAUGUUUGCAUUCAUCAUAAGACCACAAGUUUUUACUCUACAUUAUGAACACUGUUACAUGUAUUUAUUUUUAGCUUGUUUUGUUUCAGUUAGAUUUUAUUUUUGUUUCUCUGAUUCCAUUGGUAGAUGGUUAGACAUUUGUAUCCGACUUAAAGAAUAAUCAAGUAGGACCUGUCAUUAAUGUAACAAACACAAGUUUCUUCUUCAAGAUCCCUGCCUCAAAAAAGGAAACUAAAGUUAUGUUAGAUUUUUGAUGCACAAUGUCUUUUUCAUAUCUUUUCUUUUUUUUAUUUUUGUUCUGUUUAAGAGUUUCUAGAACUUUGAAUUCUUGGUAGUACAUGUAUAAGUUUGGUUUGACUUACUCCUGGACCCAUGUUCUUAAUAUUAGAAUAUUGAAAAUGACAUCAAUUGGGGUUUAUGUUUUUGGAGCAUUCUAUAUUUAUCAGAUGAAACAUCACAGUUUGUUUAUAUUCACUUAUGAACAUUUCAUGAGAUGGUUGUUUUCUAAUUCUUGAUGAUUAAUAUACGAUUGUACAUACAUACAAUUCAUGUACAUGUAUGUAUGUUUGAAUUAAGGUAGAACAAGUUUAAAUGAGUAAUUUUAUUGCAACAAAGAAAUAAGUGUAAAAAAAUAAAUAAAUAAGUUAACAAAA